AUGGACAGCACUACCGCCACCACAGCCCAACCAUCAACCCCCGACGAAGAGAAAUCCCUCUACGCCGACCUCCCCGUCGCCGCGGCAGAAACUCACCAUGAUGCUCAACACCACCCUCCAACUCUCAAACAACGCAUCUCCCACUUCACCUGGCCCUGGUUCGCCUGCACCAUGUCCACUGGCGCUCUCUCCGCCGUCUUAGCCAGCACCCCGAACCGCUUCCCGGGUCUGGACACCAUCGGCAAAAUCUUCUACAUCCUCGACUUAUGCCUCUUUGUCCUGUUUACCUGUCUCAUGGCCACGAGGUUCUGGUUCUUUCCGAGGAAGUUUACGAAGAGUAUGCAUCAUGCUGUGGAGGGAUUGUUCUUCGGUGCGUAUUUCGUGAGCGUGGCGUUGGUUAUUGGGAACGCGCAGAGUUAUGGUGUUCCGGCUUGUGGGCCUUGGCUCGUCACGACGCUCAAGGUGUGCUUCUGGAUUUACUGUGGUGUUGUGUUUUGCGUGGGCGUGAUGCAAUACUAUCUCUUCUUCCAACUGGAACGGAUGGCCGUGGCGGACGCGAUGCCCGCUUGGAUCUUCCCUAUCUAUCCUCUACUCGUCGUGGGUAAUACGGCAGGGACGUUGAUCCCGAGUCAGCCGCAAUCCGCUGCGUAUCCCAUGUGGCUUGGGGCGGUGAUGUUGCAGGGGUUGUCGUGGACGGUUUCACUCAUGAUGUAUGCGAUUUAUACGCAGAGGCUUAUGACUAGUGCCCUGCCUUCGCCGCCUACGAGGCCGGGGAUGUACGUUAGUGUUGGGCCGGCGGGUUACACAGCCGCCGCCCUUAUCUCCCUCGGCAUCAACGCCCCCUCCGUCAUUCCCCCCGACGCCUGGGACUUCUCCUCCCUCCCCGACGGCUCCGUGGUGAAAGUCCUCGGCGUCGUCUCCGGCAUCUUUCUCAUCUUAUUCAGUGCCUGGUUCUUCUUCGUCAGCACCAUCUCCAUCCUCGCCGGCGUCCGGCAGAUGUCCUUUUCGCUGAACUGGUGGGCGUUUAUUUUCCCGAAUGCGGGUUUGACCCUCGCUUUGAUUCAGGCGGGUAAAGCGUUGGAUAGUUCUGGCAUCAAUGCGAUUUGUACUGCGCUUACGAUAUUGUUGGUGGUCAUGUGGUUGGUUACUGCGGUGGCGCAUUUGAGGGCGUUGCGGAAGGGGGAUAUUCUUUGGCCGGGCAAGGAUGAGGACAAGGAUAUGGAGGAUGAGUAG